AUGCAAUAUAGGAUUCCAUUCCUCACUGCAUUUGUUGGGUGGAUUUCUCCAGUUUUGUGGUCCAAACACCAAGCCACCAAAGCCCUGGGCCUUCCUGAGGACCAACUUUGUAUGUUUGAUUUUUCUGACUGUCAACGAGUCCCCCCGGGCGGAAACUGCACAAUCCGCUGCGGCUCGGAUUAUGCUGGCAAAUCCACCGUUGCCUACUGUCCCUCGGACAACACGGAUCCCAAUGGGCAACUGGUCUAUUUGGAGCCCAAGUGUAGUCUGAAGCCCUGUGAGAUGCGGCCGCCACCGGGAUAUGUGGAAACUCCUUGCGGCUGGGAGUGCGAUAGCGGCUACAUUGGAGAUGUGAAUUGGUAUUGUGCUGCUGUUGGAAGGGAACCUGGGCGCUGCCGAUCCGAACUGAUCAUCA